AUGCUUGGGAGAGAUGCAUCCCGGAUCACUUUCCGCCGGAAUAUCCUUGUGCUGAGGAGUUUGGCGAGGGAUGGAACUACUCUAAAGAGGUACGGCAGCAGAGAAGCAACAUUUGAUUCAGAACUGUACUUACUGGAGAAACAGAAAUCCACCUGCUGUCAGAAAAUCGACGACGACGAGGACUCGGCAAUCUCAGCUCAUGCGACAGGGAAUGGAGCCUCCAAGUCUAUCAGCCCGAGUUCCUCCCUCCAAUCACACUCUACCUUCGUGAUUGAGAAUAAGGACAAUGUCCCCGAGCUCUGCCUCAAGGCGUAUUUUCCACCCGACUAUCCAUGCGAGAAGUUUGGCAAGGAUUGGUACUACUCAGCUAAAGCUCACACUUGUUGCAAGAAAGCCAGCGAAGAUGCUACUCUCAACGCAUCUUCCACACUCAAGAUGGUGACCAACGACAAUUCCUUCGAGCACUGUUUGAAAGUCCUUCUUCCACGCGAUACCGAUUGCAGUUUACACCUUGGUGAGGGCUGGUACUACUCGGAUAAGGUGCAAAGCUGCUGUAAGAAAUACGGCGAGGAUGCUUCUCUCAAAGAUGCCGAAGACGCAUUGUCUACUUCUAGCUCCCACAAAGUCUCCGAUCUCAUGAACGGAGGGAUGCCAACUGGCUUCGAGGAAAAGCACAAGGUUGAUGAGCAGGUGAACUUUCACAGUGAGAUGUUGUGA